AUGUCUCAAGCUCAUACUACUAGUGCUCGCCCUGCUCAGCCUUAUGGAGGACCAGACAACGAUCAUGAUGGCUGUAGUGUCAUUUUUCCUCAGAUGUUGCCUGAAACCCUACUCUGUCAGUUGUGCAAGAAACUGAAGAAGCAAGGACUCACAGAUGAUAAAGAGACAUUGAAGCAAUGCUUUCAAUGUGGUAUCUGUGGGACGCACAUUGGUGACCUAUGUGGAUUGUGUAAGCACAGAGCACAUGAAGAAAAUGGUACAUCUGACCCAGAAGCUGUGGCAUUGCAGGCUCGUCGAUGCAACAUAAUCAAAGGAUGCUUGCAUCAACCACUUGGUCCAUCAACACCUGAGUUGGAGCUUAACAAUCUCAGAGAGAACAAUGGAAAACCAGGUAGUAUCACCAUCUAUGUUGAGUGUCGCCUUAGCCAAAAGCCCAGCUCUGUCAACUGCACACUUGGCACAUAUUGUGCAUCCUAUGCAGAAACCAUGACUUUUUGGUCGCACAUACUCAAUAACCCUUGCUCUCCAGCUCUUCAUGAAAAUGUCAUAAAGCUUGUCAACCCGAAGUGGACUUCGAAACACAUCUCAGAUCUGCUUGUUAUGAAGAAUACACUUGUGAAGAUCAUUCUGGGAGUGGUAACAAGAGAAAAUCAAUGUCAAGCGGCCAGACUAGAGAAAAAUGUAUCUGUGGACAUGGUGCUGUUACUGAAGGCCAAUCAUCAGCUGCUAAGCGGUCGAGAAUCUCUACCUCAGACAAAAUCACAUUCAAAUGAACAAUUUGCAUGA